GUCCACGUGCCAAACGGAGACAUGGCCGAGCCGGACGCGGACGGAGAGGAAACUGUUGCUGUAACCAGAAAGACAAAAAGGAAGAAGAAGGCGAAGGCGCCGGAGCUUUACAGCAAUGACCUGGAAGCUGAGGACGACGACAUCAUCACAGACGCUCAGUCCCCGAUCCCCCAGCAGUCCCUGUUCUCCGCCCCCCACGGACACAGCCAGCCGGUGGGCAAAGUGUUCGUGGAGAGGAACAGGCGUUUCCAGGCAGAGCGAGUUGAGCAGCUCCGACACUCAGAGAUGAUGGACGAUUACAUGGACCCCCGGCAGGUCUGGACCACCAGAGACGUCGCGAUGAGAAUCCACAGCAGCUUCAGGGUGAUUGGUCUCUUCUCUCACGGGUUCCUGGCUGGCUACGCGGUAUGGAACAUCAUUGUUGUGUAUGUGCUGGCAGGCGAGCAGAUGACCACGCUGCCAAACCUCCUGCAGCAGUACCACCUGCUGGCCUACCCGGCUCAGUCUCUGCUGUACCUGCUGCUGGCCAUCAGCACUGUGUCCGCAUUCGACAGGGUGAAUCUGGCCAAAGCCUCCAUGGCUCUGAGAGGCUUCCUCACGCUGGACCCUGCCGCUCUGGCUUCUUUCUUAUAUUUUAUAGCCCUGAUCCUGUCCCUCAGUCAGCAGAUGACCAGCGAUCGCAUCAACCUUUAUCCAACAGCCAACGAGACUCUGUGGCCUCCAGGCUCAGAGCAGCAGAUCCUACGGCCGUGGAUUGUCGUGAACCUGGUGGUGGCGCUGUUGGUGGGCCUGGCCUGGGCUGUUGUCUCCACCCGGCCCGACAUCGACUACACAGAAGAGUUUUUGAUGACAAUGGAAGUGGAGGGAGACCCGAGAGGAGACGAGAACCUGGACAUCCCUGCCUGAAAAUCUGUCUCUGUCUGUCUGUCUGUCUGUCUGUCUGUCUGUCUGUCUGUCUGUCUGUCUGUAUGUCUGACGUUCUGACUCAAAAUCAGUGAUCUUGUUAAUUUAUUCAAUGUAUUUCUUUUGUACAAAAUGUAAAUCUAGCACUUUGUUUUCCUGAGUAUGAUUUUGUAAAUAAAUAAUUACAGUA